AUGGGGCAACUUGGCAUCUUGCUUCGUAGAUCUAAAAUCGGGAUAGCGAGUUUCUACAAGCCUGCCCAUGCUAUACAUCACACUCAGUCUAAUAUCUCUGAGGUAGUUGAAGAGCUAAAUGAACCGGAGGAAGAUGUGGCUAAUGAUAGUUGCUUAUAUUUGAUGACAUCCCUAUUCGCCGCUGUUCUUGAAGAUGUAAUAUCUCAAAUGUGGAUUCUGGAAAGAUGCAACAACGGAUUGAGUAUAUUGAAGACGUUAGCAGAUAUAAAUCAUUUGAGGGCUAUUAAGUAUGGCGUGUAUAAUCCGAAUGAAACCAAAGAUGAGCUCGAUGGAAUUGAUCCUCAUAAUCUUAAUUGUGUGAUUUAUAAAAUUAAAAAACUCGACGCAGACAGGAAAUAUAUAAAUAAUGUUAUAGUUGCUACUUAUUUAGCCUUAGCGCAAUCAUUUAACUAUAAACCUCUGAUAAAGCAUAUCAAUGAGAUCGAAGAACGUGAACGUCACCGCAUAGACUUAGAAGCGGAAGAAAGUAAAAAUAGAAUUCUUCGCAAAGAGUUGGGAAGGCAAGUUAGACAGCAACAUAACCAUAUCAAAACUGUAAUAUAUGAUACUGACGUGAUCAUUGACAAACUAAGGACUCAGGUUGAAGAUUCUGUGUUGUUUUCUGAAGUCCGAGGUCGUUAUAUAGACAAUUGGCAACAAGCACGUACCGAACAACACAACCAAACCAUUUCCGAUAUCGAAAAUAAGCCUUUGUCAACAAUUGAGGCUUUUAAACAGAGAUCUGAUCACGAAUUAAGAAUUCACACCGAAGUGGAAUUAUUAGUUACGAUUGCAAUUAACGAAACUCUUGCAAGAAUUGAGGAAUGGAUGGACAAAUAUGAUAAAGAUAUGGAGAAGAUAGAUCUACAAAUACAAAUAAAAAAGAAUGAUUAUCAAAAUAUGCGAGACAGAAGACUAGAACUUGAAGAAAAAAUUGCUAGACAUGAUGAGAAAAUGAAGAACUGGAUCAACUUCAAGGAUGAACGCGAGAAAGCUCGGGCUUAUCGUGAGAAGAUGACGACGUCAGCUAUUAUUGUACAAGCUUGGUGGCGUGGCUUGCUUGUACGUCUUGAACUUGGCCCGUUCAAGCCUAAGAAAGGCAAGAGAGGAAUAGAUGCAAAGAAGAAGAAGUAAUUAGUUAUAUUACAGUUAAUUAGUUAGCUUUCGUACCUAUUUAAUAAAAUAUUGUUAAUUAAUUUAUUUAAUAAACGUACUUUAUAUUUUA